AUGAACUUUUUUUACAAAUAUCUGCUCUUCGUAGCCAUUGUAAGUGCCUUCGUGUUCAUUCUGCUUUUCGGACAGUUACGAAUCUUUCGACAUACUGUCAUUGGAAAGUUGAACCGAUUGUUUUUGCUAUGGCUCCCUAAAAAGCUAUCUCAACUGGAUAAUAAAUUGCUUCAUGGUAAAGGCUAUGUAUUUUAUCGCAUAUCAUCAAACUACGUUUUCUUUCAAAAGCAUUCUCUCGUUGUUUUGUUCUAUUUAUGUAUCGUUAGCUUUUGCAUUUUCAACUUCUUAUACCAUGGACGAACUAUUACGAAUCAGUACCAUAAACUGGACUGGUUGCUUCUAGUUACUUCUGCUGUUUUACCCUAUGUUUCUCUUUAUAUCGCAAUCUAUUCGGACCCAGGUGUAGUUACGCAGGAAAACUGGCAAGAAGCUUCAACCGCAUACCCUUACGAUUAUAAAAUCUUUUUCCCGCGCACUUGUGAAACUUGUAAAUUUUUGAAACCGGCUAGGUCCAAGCAUUGCCGCUUAUGUAACUGCUGUGUCCAAAAGUUUGAUCACCAUUGCAUUUGGAUAAACAAUUGCGUUGGACGCAACAAUAUUCGCUAUUUCUUUCUGUUUUUACUUUCUACGCUACAAAUUCAAUUGUACGGAGUUUUCUGUAUAGGAUUCCAUUUCAACAGAGUGCGAGAUUCGACUCUCAAGUCUCUGUUAGUUUCCUGGUGGGCUGCUAUCACCGCUGAAAGGCAACUUGGUUCCGUGUUUUUAAUCUCAGUCUUCAGUAGCGUAAUCGUGUUUUCUUUCUUGUGUUAUGAAUUCUAUUUGGUCUACGCUGGAUAUACAACAAACGAAAGCGAGAAAUGGGCGGAUUUAAAUGAACUUAUUCUGCAGUCUAAAGUUUAUAUGCAUUAUAGAAACGGAGUUCAAAUGCUAACCCUUCAAGAGGAUGCUCCUGCAGAUGCCACAUUAACGUAUUCACUUGGUCAGGUCCACAAUAUUUAUGAUCGAGGAUUUUGGAAUAACUUCAAAUCUAUAUGUUUCCCAUAA